AUGUCAGCACCUGUCAAUAUAGACAUACCAAAAUUAAUUUUGGAUAAUGGGGCUGGUUUGAUAAAAGGUGGGAUACUUCCGAGUUAUUCGCAAAUAGAAGGAUCAUUGUGUGAAGAAAUAGAACCUAAAUUCAUUUUACCUAAUUGUGUAGGUCAAAUAAGAAAAAAGAAUAUAUUUCAUAUAAGUGACAGCUGUCAGAGCAUAUGUGAAUAUUUUUGUCACCGUCCUCACGUGGAUGGUUUGUUGUUAGAUUUGGAGUUGGAAACGAAAAUAUGGGAGAAGAUUUUUUCAUGUAGGAACACUGUAGGAGGGAAAAUAAAUGAAAUGGGUUUGUGUGUUACUGAAUCAUAUUUAACACCUGCAUAUAUAAAACAAGGAGUAAUUGAAUUAUUAUUUGAAUAUUUUAAUAUGAAUCAAAUUGUAAUUGUUUCCUCUCAAACAAUGUUACCAUUUUCUUAUAUAGGUUUAAAUUUAGGACAGUAUGAUAUUUUAAAUCCCCCAAUAUAUCGUAGUCGAUCUUCCAUAACAAAAAAAGUUGAUCAAGUAAUAAAAAGACGACGAAGAAGUGAAAAUUGUGAUAUAGACAUGAAUAAAUUGGAUUCUUCAAAAGAUAACAUGAUGGAGAAUAAUUUGGUUACGGAUAGCGUUAUAAAUAUAAAGAAGUUAGGAUCUAUGGAUAAAACAAAUGAAGAAAAUGUGAACAGUAUGAACAGUGUGAACAAUGUGAACAAUUUUAUUGAUGAUAAUUCUUAUGAAAGUAAAAAGAUAAGACUUUCACAGGAAAGUGUUGAUCAUAACAAAUUUAACGAAAAUAAAGGUGAUCCUAUUAAUAUACAAAAGGAUAAUGUGUUUGCUCAAGAUGAUGAUAAAAAUAUUGAAGAUGUUGAAAAAUAUGAAAAUAGUGGGCAUACUUUUGAAAAAAGACGUUAUAAUAAAAAGAACACAAAAAGUGACGUAAAUAUAUUUACAAAUAAACAUAUAUAUUUAAAAAAUAUUGAAUGCUAUAAUAAGUAUUCACACAAACUAUAUAUAGAUGAUAAAUAUCAGGGUGAUAAUUGGGAAGAUUUUUAUUUUAAUUCCUUCUUUAAUCUAAAUAAUUAUAAUAAUAACAACAUUUAUGAUGAUGAUAAUAAUAAUAAUAAUUAUUUAUUUGAGGGUUUAAAGACUCAUGCAAAAAGCUAUAAAUUUAAUAACAACAAUGUUGUGAGAACUUUAUAUGAUAAUAAUUAUUUAGGAAAGAAUUUUUCAAGACAAGAUCCAAAUUUUAUAAUCCCCGAAAAAGUGGAUUUAUAUAGAAAUUAUUAUGGUAAAAAUUUCCAGGAUAUUAAGAUGUUUAAAAAAAAUUAUAGGAAUAAGUAUAUAAAUAAUUUUUAUAAAAAUAUAAUAAAUGGAAAUUAUAAUUUAUCUUUAAGAAAUCCAUGUGCCUUAUAUAUAGACGUUGGGUUUUCUCAUACAUAUGUCUUACCAUAUAUUGAAUACAAAUUAAUUGAAUAUGCUGUAUUAAGAACAAAGAUUUCUGGAUCUAUUUUAAAUUCUUAUCUAAAAAGUACCCUUUCUUAUAAACAUGUGAAUUUAGAACAUAACGAAUUGUUAGUAGAAAAUAUUAAAGAAAGAGCUUGUUAUGUCUCAUUAGAUUAUUUAAAGGAAUUAGAAAAAGAAAAGACACGAUUAGAAAAUAUAAAGAAUCAAAGGAUCAAGGACAAACUUGACAUGCGCGCUGAAAUAUUAAUGAAAGAAUUGGAAGAAGAAGAAGCACAAGGGAAAGGGGAAAGAGAUAAAGAGAAAAAAAAGGAAAUGGAUACAAAUAUGGAAAAGAAGAAGAUGAAAAAAAAAAAGAAAAAAAAAGAGAGUGAUUUAUUAACAAAUUCACUUGUUAAGGAGGACGAAUCAAACAGUACAAUAAAUGAUAUGAAGGUAAAUGAAAAGGAUAAUUCAGAUGUCACUGAAUACAAAGAAAAUUCGAGUAAUAGUUAUGACAAAAAGAUGAAUAACAUAUUAACAAAAAAGAAAAAUGAUAGUUGUGGUUCUAGUUUGAGUGUUAGUAAUAAAAGUGAUGAUGACAUGUAUAUAAAAAAAAGAAGAACUUGUAAUGUUGAAGAGGGAGGUGUAGAUAUUACAGAGGAUCAGAGUUAUAUGAGUGAUUUGAAGAGUAAUGUGAGUGUUGAUAAAAGUCGUAAAAGUAGUAGAAGUAAUAUAAAUGUAGAUAAAAGUUAUACAAAUGAUGAAGACAAUAAAAGUAAUUAUAAUAAUAAUAGUGAUGAUAAUAAUAAUAAUAGUGAUGAUAAUAAUAAAUAUAGUGAUGAUAAUAAUAAAUAUAGUGAUGAUAGUAAUGAAUAUAGCGAUGAUAGUAAUAAUAAUAAUAAUAAUAAUAAUAAAUAUAGUGAUGAUAGUAAUAAAUAUAGUGAUGAUAAUAAUAAAUAUAAUAUUGAUAAGUGUAAUGGGAGAAAAAAUAAAAAAUUACAACCACAUUUAUCAUACCAAUAUAAAUUAAUUGAUUAUAAUAACGUAUCAAAACGUCAAAUAAAUAAAGUGUUCAAUACUUUGAAAAGUAAUUAUAACAAUAAUUGUAUUUAUAUAGAUUCUGAUUAUGAUUAUAAAGAAGAAUUUUCUAAUUUCAUAAUUGAUGAUAAAGAUGAUAAUAUGAAUAUAAAAGAUAUGAGUAUAAAAGUAGGAGAUUCUUCAAAAGGAAAAGAAGAUGUUAUUAAUUUAACAAAUGAGAGAAUAGGUAUUCCAGAAAUUUUAUUUAAUCCACAAGAUAUAAAUUUAGAGCAUUGUAGUAUAGUUGAAUUAGUUUAUAGGUGUAUUUCAUUAUUACCUAAACACAUACAAAAAUAUUUUGUUUCGCAAAUAUAUAUAUCAGGAGGAUCUACAAAGUUUCGAAAUUUUAAACACAGAUUAUAUAAAGAAUUACGACAAGUAUUUCCUUCGGAUUGGGAUAUAAAUAUAUAUUCACAUAAAAAUAGUUUAUAUAGUAAUUAUAUUGGAACAUAUGUAUGGUUAAGUGAUCCAAGUAUAUAUAACUAUAAUGUUAUAACAAGAGAGCAAUAUUUUAACUUUGGUAAAGAGUCUAAAGUUUGGAAUAGGAAAAAAGACGCAUAA